CCAGCCGAGCAGUGGGAGGGAACCAGGAGGCCGGGCCAGGGGCGGGUUCCAGCCUUGGGCAGAGUCUCGCCUGCGCAGGCACAUGAGCCCGACUUUCUGCCAGCGGAACAGCGCUCUCGGGGCUCUGGAAGAUUGAGGCGCCCCAACGGCGAAAGCAGGAGUCGAGUCCCCAUGGCUUCUCUGAGCCGAGCCCUGCGUCUGGCCGCCACCUGUCCUCACCGGAACCCUGCCCAGGGCCUGGGGCCACGUCCCCGGACUGGCGGGACCGGCCCCACCACCGAGAAGAGCGUGCCGUACCAGCGGACCCUGAAAGAGGCUCAGCAGCCCUCAGUGGAGGUCCAGGGCCCGAGCCAGCCCCUGCCCCGCGCGGCCAGCGUGGUGGUCAUCGGCGGGGGCAGCUUGGGCUGCCAGACCCUCUACCACCUGGCCAAGCUGGGCGUGAGCGGGGCGCUGCUGCUCGAGCGGGAGCGGCUGACCGCCGGCACCACCUGGCACACGGCAGGCCUGCUGUGGCAGCUGCGGCCCAGCGAUGUGGAGGUGGAGCUUCUGGCCCAUACGAGGCGCGUGGUGAGCCGGGACCUGGAGGAGGAGACGGGGCUGCACACGGGCUGGAUCCAGAACGGGGGCCUGUUCAUUGCGUCCAACCGGCAGCGUCUGGACGAGUACAAGAGGCUCAUGUCGCUGGGCAAGGCCUACGGCGUGGAGUCCCACGUGCUGAGCCCAGCAGAGACCAAGGCCCUGUACCCGCUGAUGAACGUGGACGACCUCUAUGGGACGCUGUACGUGCCACACGAUGGUACCAUGGACCCCGCCGGCACCUGUACCACCCUCAGCAGGGCUGCCACUGCCCGGGGAGCACAGGUCAUUGAGAACUGCCCAGUGACGGGCAUCCGUGUGCGGACGGAUGACUUUGGGGUGCGGCGGGUCGCGGCCGUGGAGACAGCGCACGGCUCCAUCCAGACGCCCUGUGUGGUCAACUGUGCAGGAGUGUGGGCGGGUGCCGUGGGCCGGAUGGCUGGAGUCAAGGUCCCGCUGGUGGCCAUGCACCACGCCUACGUUGUCACCGAGCGCAUUGAGGGGAUCCAGAACAUGCCCAAUGUCCGCGACCACGACGCCUCCAUCUACCUGCGCCUGCAAGGGGACGCCCUGUCUGUGGGCGGCUAUGAGGCCAACCCUGUCUUCUGGGAGGAGGUGUCAGACAAGUUUGCCUUUGGCCUCUUCGACCUGGACUGGGACGUGUUCGGCCAGCACAUCGAAGGCGCCAUCCACCGGGUCCCGGUGCUGGAGAAGACAGGGAUUAAGUCCACAGUCUGCGGCCCAGAGUCAUUCACACCGGACCACAAACCCCUGAUGGGGGAGGCGCCCGAGCUCCGCGGGUUCUUCCUGGGCUGUGGGUUCAACAGCGCAGGCAUGAUGCUGGGCGGUGGCUGUGGGCAGGAGCUGGCCCACUGGAUCGUCCACGGGCGCCCAGAGAAGGACAUGCACGGCUACGACAUCAGGCGCUUCCAUCACUCGCUCACGGACCACAGCCGCUGGAUCCGCGAGCGCAGCCACGAGUCGUACGCCAAGAACUACUCCAUCGUCUUCCCCCACGAUGAGCCCCUGGCCGGGCGCAACAUGAGGAGGGACCCCCUGCACGAGGAGCUCCUGGCCCGAGGCUGUGUGUUCCAGGAGCGGCACGGCUGGGAACGGCCAGGCUGGUUCAGUCCCCAAGGCCCAGCUCCGGUGCUCCCCUACGACUACUACGGGGCCUACGGGAAGCGGGCACACCAGGACCACGCCUACAGCCGGCUGCUGGCCGACGAGUACACUUUCGACUUCCCGGCCCACCACGACGUGAUCAAGAAGGAGUGUCUGGCCUGCAGAGGGGCUGCCGCUGUGUUUGACAUGUCCUACUUCGGGAAGUUCUACCUGGUGGGCCCGGAUGCGAGGAAGGCAGCCGACUGGCUCUUCUCGGCCGAUGUCAGCCGGCCCCCAGGCUCCACCGUGUACACCUGCAUGCUGAACCACCGAGGGGGCACGGAAAGCGACCUGACGGUCAGCCGCCUGGCCCCCAGCCCCCAGGCGUCCCCGCUGACCCCGGCCUUUGAAGGGGACGGCUACUACCUGGCCGUGGGCGGGGCCGUGGCCCAGCACAACUGGUGCCACCUCACCACGGUGCUGCAGGACCGCCAGUUCCGGUGCCAGCUCGUGGACCGCUCCGAGGACCUGGGCCUGAUCAGCAUCCAGGGCCCGGCCAGCCGGGCCAUUCUCCAGGAAGUGCUUGAUGCAGACCUGAGCAACGAGGCCUUCCCGUUCUCCACCCACAAGCUGGUGAGAGCUGCCGGGCACCUGGAAGGUGCCCCUGUUCGGCCUGGAGGCCAUCUGGAGAAGCGGCCAGGUGGUGGGCCACGUCCGCAGGGCCGACUUCGGCUUUGCCAUCGACAAGACCCUGGCCUAUGGCUACAUCCGGGACCCCAGCGGCAGGCCGGUCUCGUGGGACUUUGUGAAGAGCGGGGACUACGCCCUGGAGAGGAUGGGGGUGGCCUACCCCGCCCAGGCUCACCUGAAAUCCCCCUUCGACCCCGGCAACAGGAGAGUGAAAGGCAUCUACUGACGGGCCUCGGGCCAUCGGGAGGCCAGCCACCUGCGCACUGUCCCACGCCGUCCACCCCCAGGGGCCCCAGGACCCCGACACCGGCCAGCACGUGGGUUUCCCUGCCUUCAGUCGAGGCCUGCUCACCACCUCCCGAGCACACCUGUUCUGUGCUCACUGACCACAGGGUGGUCCCGAGUCCACCCCACCCCCCAAAACCCACUCUGAACACAGCUGUAGCCCCCAGGAGCCUCUGAGGCGGUGCCUAGAAAACACAGCCAGGCCCCCAUCAAAGCAGGGAGACAAAGAACUUCUCUCUGGGUCCCAGUCCCCGAUAGGCUGGCUGUCCAGAGCGGCGCUGGCCAGAGCAGCCCUUCCUGCCCUGCCCUCUCAGUUUCUCACCUGGGAAGCCUCUGAGUUCGCAGCCCUGAAGCCGGUGCCAGAGCAGCGGGGGGGCGGCAUCUCAGAUCGACGCCCUCCCUCCCCUGCACAGAAGCCCCCCGUCCUGCUGCUUUAGCUCCCGAGGGCCCUGGCUCACCAGGUCGGGAGGAAGGCGGGAAAUGGGGGGGACCUGGCAGAACCCUCCUGCCUGGUGGCCUCUGUCCUUGCUGUUUGAUUAGGACACAGAUCUGGUGUCCCUGCUCUUCUGACCCACCCUACCCGCAUCCCGGGCAUGGCCUUGAAAGGGGUGACUCCCCUGCCGCUUUCCAGAAGCCUCUAGAACUCUCCUGCGUGGAUCUCUGGCUUCCUGCCAGGGCCCAGGCAGCCCAAUAAAGCCACACGAGGUGGUCAUGCCCUGAAAGCCCCGCCCUGUGGGGAGAAGUGGGGCCGGGGGGUGGGGUGGCAGACCCUCAGGGGACACGGGGAACGAGGCUCCCGCAGACGCAGGCAGGAGGCCCUGCAGGCCCCGCUGCUUUCAGAGGCGCACACUGCGCAGCCCCGCCGUGGACCAGGCUGGAGCAGGUCAGGCUAAUAAAGCUGAGGCCGUGAGAAGACA